AUGUUCAACUUCUCCUGGUUCAAGUCCUCCAAGGAGGAAGAGGCUACCCAGCCCACCUGGAACGCCAACACUCUGACCAUGGAGCAACCGUCGAGUCCCGCUGCUCCCCAGCAGCAGGUGGUCACCGAACAACCCUCCUCCCAGGAACCCAUGCAGAUGAACCUCCGAGGUGGUGGUGGUGGUGGCGUCUGCUGUGGAAUUUGCGCCGGUCUCGCCUGCUUCGAAUGCUGUGAGAUCUGCUGUUAA